GACAUUAGCCAUUGUUUUGUCUGGAAGGAAGACAGGUCAUGGCGAGCACAAAGGGUUUUGCGGCCAUGUUCUACAGCGAGCCAUCGGUGCUGGGGCUCCUCUCGAAUGUGAUCAGCGCUUUCCUCGUGUGCCUGCAGAACUUUUCCUUUGCUCACACCAACAUCAGACCUGAGGGAGUAGAAAACAUCCUGGCAGGGGUCCACCUCAUUCUGAUUGGAGGCCUGUCUCAACUCUUGGCUGGGUUCCUCGCCUUCCGGAAGUAUGACCACUUGGGUGGCACAGCCUUUCUGGCAUUUGCAGCUCUGUGGAGCAGUUAUGGGGCCACCCGGGUCAUUUCAGGGGCAUAUCCCCCCUUAAACAACACAACAUUAGCCUCAGAAAAUGCCACUUAUCUCCUCCCCACUGAUGCAGCCCAGCCCUCCACCAGUGAGAGUGCUGUUGCUGGGUUGGUGGCUUAUAUUUUCAUUUCAUUUAUCCUCUCCUUCUGCUCAGCUACUGUGAACUACAUCAUGCCCUUCGUGUUCGGGGCCAUCACCCUCACCCUGGUGUUCGAAGCGGUGGGGCUGUUUGGCCAGUGGGCGCUGGUUGUGUCAGGGGUCCUCGAGCUGGUCAUUGUUGUCUGUGGGCUGUAUGGAGCAGUAGCUCUCCUUUUCAAAGGCAUCACCCAAAGGUAUGUUCUGCCGGGCUUUGGGAACCCCCUCUUCAACGUCUUGCUGCUGGGCUCAGGUAACAGUGGCUCUUCCAAGACUAUUGGGGAGGAGAAGAAAAAGAACACAAAGUAUGCUGAGCCAAUGGCCCUAAACCAUUUAUGUGACACCAUUUCCCCCUUCAUAUUUGCCUUCUAUGCUUUUGGGUACAUGAAGACCUUCUACGUAGGAGCCAUAUGGGUUAGCAUCAUCUCCAUCUGCCAGCUCUUCUCCAGCUUCUACAGCUACUUGCGAGACGAUGUUUAUUAUACCACCAAGUUUGGCGUCCACAGUCUGUACUGGCUGGUGAUGUCUUGGGAAGAGUUCACGCUGACUGUCUUCAUCAGCAUAGACAAUGUGCAGCAAAGCAGGAUGGGAAUGAUUGGAGACUGGUUCUUCCUGGCCACAGCUUGCAUGCUGUUCCUGAUGGCCUUCAAUAAAGAUGUUCUAGAGGUGCUGCAAAAUGCUGCUUUCGUUCUUCUCACUAUCUCCACCAUCCACCAGAUUCCAAUUAGAGGCGCUUAUGAGUUCUUUGGGGUUUCCUGCAGCCUUUACAUGGCUAUCUCGCUCUACACCACUUUUGCAAGCCUCAUUAACUCAAUAGGUGAAAAGGCGCUGAUCCCUGUUGGUGCCCAAGUUAUGUCCAGCUCAAUGCUCCAGAGUGUACUGAUGAGUGUCAAAAGCUACCUCAUGAAGUCUAAGAAUAUCCCAGGGGCCACCAUCUGCGAGGUCCCUGAUGCCUUGUUCUACAUCUGCAAUGGCUUGGCUGCACUCUCUGCCAUCCAGGGUACUUUAAAUGACCCCAUCAGACAGCAUCUCUCUAUUCCCUCCGUGCUAAUCCCAGGAGCCAUAUUUCAGCUGUAUGUGUGUAGGAUCCAGGUCCAAAGAGGGAGAAGAUUUGGGUCCGUUCUUCCAUUCUGCUAUGCUGCUAUCUGGGCAACAUGGACCUGGCUCCGGUUUGCAGGUCACUUACUGAACAUUGAUGCUGCGAGUGAUGGAGGAUUCACGGCAGGAUCCGUAGCCUUUUUGGUAGUCAAUGUCUUUUUAAUGGUUAUAGCGUCCUAUUCGAACCUGGUGCUCCUUUGCCUGACCUUUGUGAUGGAGGUUUUGAUCAUUUGUUUUCUGCUGUUUACGGUGGAACACCUCCCAGUGCCCCUUGAGAUUGUGAUGCUGUCUAUCUUCGGUGCCAUCUGCAUCUAUGGAGCAACGGCAUCACUAGCAAACUGCAUAUUUGGCAAAGACCUCAUAAUGAUGGGACCCCCUCUCUUCAGGGUUGAGAUGACUAAGGAGGACACUAAAGAUCCUCCACCCUGUUUCUGCCCCAGCUCCCAUCGAACCAGCAGCCUGAGGAGCAUUGCAAACUUGCUGAAUGAAGGUGCAGUGUGUGGAGUACCUACGGACACAGUGUAUGCUCUGGCAGCUUCUUGCAAACAGCCAGAAGCUAUUGAGAAAAUCUACAGAAUCAAGGACAGGCCUCAAGAGAAGCCCAUCUGCAUCUUCAUUUCAAACCUGGACCAGUUGCGAGCUGCUGCUCCCCCCUUCAGCCCUCUGCUUUGGGAGUUUAUGGAGAAUGUUUACCCUGGAGGCAUUGGCUGCAUCAUCAAGAAAGGAGAAUGGCUGAAGAAGUUAGGGGUUGGAGCAGGCUAUGACCGAGUCGGGACCAAAGACAGCAUAAUGAUCAGAGUGCCUGACCAAACCAUCACCGUCCAUCUCAUAGACAUGACGGGCCCCUUGGCCAUCACCUCUGCUAAUCCCAGUGGAGAGACUGACAGCACCCACCACGACAUGGUCAUCUCGCGUCUUGGCCACAAGCUAGAGGGGGUUCUCUGUGAUGGGGAAUCCAACGAGGUGGUGGCAUCCACAGUGGUCAACUGCACAAAGAUCGAUGAAGGUGGCAUCACCAUCCUGAGAGAAGGCUGUGUGCCAGCAGCCAAGGUGCGGCAGAUAUUUGAAAGAGUGAAGAACGGAGCAGCAUGAAGUUGAAAGAAAAUCUCACUGAACAAAGAGCAAGAUGCACUCUCCUUACACCAAGGCUAAGGGGGCCAAUCCUUGUUUGAAAGAUCUGAUUCAAUUAGCCCACAUUUGCUCCUACAAUGUUCAAGUGCAUCGCUAUAUGUUACCUUCCAGAUCCCACACUGAAUCACUGAGGGACCUUGGGAAAAAUCACAGCUUCUCUGAUCAUGCAUUUACCUACUUGUGAAAUAAAACUCAUCCCCAGCAUCUCACACAGAUUACAUGAGGUCUAAUUCAUAAAGUGCUUUGAGAUGCCAGGAUGAAAAGUGGGUAAGCAACAAGAACAGCCCAAUAUGACUUGCAGAGGUGAACGUACUGAAGCAGAGAGUCUUAUCUGAGAAAUUCAGAUGCAAUUAUGGUGCAGCAGAGAUUUGUGUAAUUCACAAACGUAGGAGCCUUCAUUGUAUCUCUGUUUCUAGAGGUGAUUCUUUUCUAGGGCCACACGCCUUAGAGCUUGUUGGAAACCAAAGUUGCCAUCCCACAGGAAAUUCUGAUAUUUCAACAUUUGUUUGAUCCCAAAAUGGGACAAAGUGUUGAAAAUGUCCACAGAAUGAAACAUUCCAAAAAGAAAUUCAGUUUGGAACUGUUGAAACGCAAAAAUAUAAUUCCUAUUGGAAAUGUCAAUAUUAUGUUUCAUUUAUAUAUGUUAUAUAGGGACACUCUGGAAAGUUAAUCCAAAUUAACUAGAAGUAUGAAUUUAACAUGUAUAAUUAACUACAUUAAACACCUGUAUGGACAUUCUUAUUAGAAUAAAAGUGGCCUUAAUUCAGCUGAGCUUAAUUCACUGGUU